AUGGCUGCCAUCAUUCAAUUCAAUUAUCCUCUGAUUAUCACGGUCUGGCUCGUGGCUCAACUUUUCGUAACCACUUGGGACUUUACCUUUGUCUUGUUGCGUCCGAGAACCAUGAAGGGAGGUGACUUGUUUGCGUUUUGGGCUCCAUAUGAUCUCUACAUUCAAGUGGACAAAUCCUAUGGCCAACUCGAUAAUGGUUUUGUCAUUGCUCAAUCCAUCAUGAAUAUCGUUGAAAUUACUCUUGUCUUGAUUGGUCUUGUUCGAAGAAAAUCAUUUGAUGGAUUCUUGUUGAUUUUGAGUGCCUCAUUGAUGAGUUUUUCCAAGACAGUUCUCUACAUGCUUGUAGAUAUUUGUGGAGGAUUUGAAUUUACAGCUCACAACGAUUGGUUUACUUUCAUCACCUUAUAUUUCCUUCCUUCCUUUGUGUGGAUUGUAUUUCCAGCUAUUGUUUUGAUUUGGGGUUAUGGAAUAUUGAAAGGAAUUUAUCGAGCUGCUGUUGAACAACAAAAAACGAAAUAA